AUGAACACCAGCUUCAAGUCAGCGUAUGACUCUAUCAGGGAUUUCCCGGAAACAGAUUUCACAGAGGAUCUGAAGAAGAUUGAUAUUCCCGUGCUGGUUCUUCAUGGGCAUGAUGAUCAAGUUGUUCCUAUUGAAGCAUCUGGACUGAAGCCAGCAAAACUUCUUCCUCAAGGCAGGUUGAAGAUUUGCAAGGGGAAAUCCCACGCUAUUCACAACAUCAAUGUUGAUGAAGUUAAAAAGACCUGCUUGACUUUAUCAAGUCAUGAGUAA